AUGGAAGGUUUCAAGUCUGCUGAGACUUUCUGUACCAAAAAGUUAUUCAAUAUUGUUUUUAACCUUUUUCCUUAGACUACCAAAAGUAAUAACUACUUGGUGUCAUUACACGCGAUGGUACUUACCAACGGAGCACGAACUUCACCUCAUAGGAGAGUUGUUUUACACCCAAGGUGUGCACUGAAUCAUGGUAUGAACCUGAUGUGGCGCCUAGUACCCAUCUCUGGCUCAUGGGGAUAAAAGACUGUCAGGAAAAUAGAAUUCCUGAAAAAGGUACCUGUAGCUUGAUUUUGACCUCUUACUUGGGUGUCACUUGUUUGUUUAAAGUUGCAUUUGUUACCAUGUGUCGAUCCCAUUUCAACAUCAGCAGCUUAAAUAUUGCUUUCUCUUUACUAUGAGCCACCAACGACAACCAAUCGGAAAAAAUUCGAUGAAUGGGAAAUCUGAGACUGAUCCUAAUAACGAUGUCAAACGAAAGAACGACGUCGAGGAAGAAAAUGCUGUAAAAGUAAAGCUCCCAUCGUGUCUUUCAUACGAAGGUAAGAGACAUUUGAAACUGGCUCAUAAUAACAGCGAUGUAUAG